GGGACCGGACCAAAUAUGGAGGCCCGCGGGCAGUAGUCUGGGGACCACUGCAAUAGGGUAAAACGUCCCUCUUUAACAACCAAUUUGUUGGUAAAGAGUUAACUUGAAUAUAAACCAAUAGGGAUAUUGUAAAACUUCACCAAUCUCAUUGUAUCUUCUUUAUUGAUUGAUGAAUUUUCACAUUAAGACCUUAAAGUCGUCAUCACUUUCUAGUACUUUACUUGGAAAACUAUUCAUACUACAAAUUACUUGAAUAAGGCCAUUAGUCAUUAAAAUACUUUUGUAUACUUUUGUAUUUCAAUUCAUGGUGUACAAUGAUGGAUUAAGUUAAACCAGGAGUUGAAACAAAGUUAAAAUUUAAUACAAUUUAAAAAUAGGUCAUUUUCACAAGAUAUAGAAAUGUGGGAGAGAGUUGGCACAACUACGUAUGCCAAUUGAGGCUAAAACAUGAUUGUGAGUGGGUAUGUAAACCCAGAUAAAAGGGAACAUUUAUUUAAUAAAUCUAAAAAUAGUGUUCGAGUUUAUGGGGUAGGAGUUCAUAAGUUUCUUACUUCUUCCUACUCCUUUUAGAGCAUAUUAAUAUUGUUGUAGUACAAAAAUAUGUUUUUUGCAUUCCUUGUUUAUGUGUGUAAUUUUGUACUUGAUGUUCGAAAUAAUAAAAAUAAAUGUAACCUCUUAAAGCAUGUACUUCAAGUAUGGAUAUCGUGUUUAAUAAGGCAAUUCAUCAUUUACAAAACAAAAAAGCAGUUAUAAAUGUCAGUAAAACUAAAUUAAGUGCUUUUGUCUAUUUGACGGUAAGCUGAAGCGCUUUUACAGACGCUUUUUUGUGUGUUUUUACUGGGUAACUCUUUAAAUGUUGUAACUGCCAUUGAAAAUUCAUGUACCGGAAGUUACUGUUGUUGCCUGGUUACGCUUGUUUGGUCACAAUAGCCUACUCUGCGGUUUUGUUAGCUGCAGGAAAGCGGUGACUACAGGUAAAAUGCAGAACGUAAGCGACGAAGACCAACUUGACGAAGACCACCUGAAUGCACAAGAUGGCGCUAGUGCGAGUCCAUCAGCAGAGCAGUCAGAUGAUGUCACUCACGAUUCUGAUCUUGAUCCAAAUGUGGCAGCUCUCGCAGCUGAUCAGUUGAGCAUUGGCACAUCAGAAGACGACAGGGGACCAGAACAUGACGAGGACUCGCCACAAGAAGAGGAAGAAAUUGAAGACCUCUUCAUCAUACACCCUGAACAUCCACUGAUCCAAGGAUUUCAAAACGCUUUCAACAUUUACUUCGAAAGACGUCUGGAAUUACUCCGGCAGGACUUGAAGAGAAUGGUGCCAGUGAAAAGGGUGGGGAUGAAAAAGGUAAAUGAUAUAGCUAUGGAAUUGGAAAAAACUGAUGUAAAGCAGAAAGUAGCUGACGGCAAGCUGCACGACAUUCAAGAAUCCAAGACAGAGACCGAAGCUGAACUGAAGCGUGAACAAGAUCGUCUGAAAGAGGCACAGAGCCAUUAUUAUAACAUAAAAAAUCUGAACCGUCAAGCCAAAGCUCUGGUGUCUGCAAGGCAGGCGGACUUAGACAAAAAGCAACAGCAGGUCAAUUUCGCUCAAGCAGCCAUGGAGGAACUGCAGUCCCAAGUCAAAGUCAUGGAUUACACCAGAUACAAAGUGGGCGCACAGAAGACAAAGGCAGAAGAAGACAAAAUAAAGCAGGACUUGUAUGUAGAUCAUCUGACAAAGGACUUCGACAGCAAGGCACAGCAGGUGGUGGAGUACGAGGUCCAGGGAAGGGCUCAAGCCCAGGAGACGGAGGAAGUCACCAAAGCACUUUCUGAGGCUGAGAUGGAAUAUGAAUCGCUGCUAAUGAUGCAUAAGAAGCUGCUGCACCAGUGGAACAGCAACAUAACAGACAUAAAGAGACACGAUGAGACUGUUAAUGCGAUGCAGGAAGCUGUACGUGUGGUUGAGGAUGAGGUGGUCUUGCUGGACAGAGAGAUUGAAGGUUAUAAGAAAUCCAUCAACGUAGAGCUGGAGAAUAAUGAGACGCUGACCGUUCAGCUGAACCGGAGUUCAUUGGACUGUGUGACUGUGGAAAAACUGAUCAAUAAGAAAAAGUUGGAACGAGAGGCGCUGCAGGCUCAGUACACCGCCUGUCUAAAUUCCCUGUCUGAGACAAAGCAGAUAUUUGCUGCACUCACAAAAGAAAUGAUGGCACAUCAAACUGAACUAAAAAGUCAGAAGAACAGGCUGGAGAAACUGAGUGCUGCACGUAUGGAGCUGCAAGAGAAAAUUAUGGCCUACUUUCAGCAGCAGCUCACACACAGCAAGGCGGCUUCACAUUCACAAAAUCUCACGAACAAGUUGGUCACUCGAAAGAAGGAGAAGAUGCAUCAGCUGCAGCUGCAGGAAAGAGACACCUUGUCAGUGAAGCUGGAGUGCCAGAAGGUUGAGCAGCACGUCAACAGCCUGACCAUUUCCAUGGAGAGUCUUGAUGAGGAGAUUAAUAAGUACAACAAGUUGCUGAAUUCACAUGAGAAUACAUAUGCUUCGCUUGUUCGACAAAUCAGGCAGAAAGAAACAACAAUGAAUACCCUAAAAAUCAGGAUUGCUAAAAUUGUGGAGAUCACUGGGCAAGAAGAUGUGCAUCCUCUGCAAAUCAAGAUCAAUAAUAUACUAGUCGAGACUGACGAGCUUUCUACUCACAUCAAGAGUGAGCAGCGCCUCUGGUUGAUGCACCAGGGAACCCUGGUGGGCCUGACCAGAGAGUUGGAUACCAACAACAAGAAGAUGCGUAAACUGCAGAAAGAUUACACUGGACUGCAAAUGAAGGACAUUCGACUAGAUGGUCAGACUAAACAAGAGGAACGAGAGCUGGCGGAGCUGGAGAGGGGCUCGAUGCUGCUGAGGAAAGACCUCGAGAAGCUCUGCAAGCUGAAGAUAAAGAACAAAGAGCGAAAUGAGACUCUGGAGUCCGACAACAUACAGAUGGAGACAGACUUUAGAAACAAACUCAUGGAUGCUGAAGAGCAAUCUGCCAGCCUUCACAUAAAACUUGAGAACAUUCAGGAGGAAAAAGAGAACAUCCUCAAGUGUCUGGCGGAGGCUAAGCAGCAGAUCAUGCUGUGGGAGAGGAAGACCCUUAUUCUAAAGGAGACUCGGUCAGUGGUGGAGUUCGACAUUAGCCAGGGAGACAUCCAGAAGAUGAAUGCUGAAAUGCAUCUAAUGGAGAUACAUAUCGACAAGCUGACGAAACGACAAGAGUGUUUGAUGAGGGAAAGCGAGAAAGUUGUGGAGAGAAGAGAAAACCUCGACAUACGCAAGGAUGCCAUGAUCCGAGAUCGCCGCCAGCACCUUGCAAAGUGGGAGCUGAAACGCUCCAGCGCUGGCCUGCAGAGAAAAAUCCAAAAAACAUUAUAUAUUUUUGAAGGUUGUGAAGAGGAGGCGAAGGAGCUUGAGAACAAGAAAACUCUCCUGAGUGAGAACAUUCAGCUGCAAACGCAACUCGUAACUGAACUGUCAAGCACCAGCACAAAGAUAGGCCGUAACUUGGAAAACCUCCAGGAUAACAAAGACAUGAACCAGACUUUCCUAAUUGCUAUGCAGGAUCGUAACAAGAAGCUUCAGGCCGUUUGCAAGGGAAACUACAAACCAUCAUUCAGCAGCGAAACAGUUGGAGACACCCUGCAGAGCCAAAGGGAGCAACUGGAGGAGUGCAGCAAGGUCUUGAAGCAAAGCUGUGAGGACUUCCCUCUGCUCCAGGGGGCGCUGCACCCUGUGAUAAUAGCAGCAGAAGCUUUCAUAAAAAUCACCAACCAGUAAUGUUCUUAGAGUGAGGCGGUGAUUGAAACGUAACAGUGAGUACAACAAAGGCAUGUGAAUGAGAUGCAAGAGCAAAUGCCUAAUUUACUGGUUUAUCUGAAUGUUUUUUUUCUUUGCUGUAAUGUUUGGAUUUAAUUAUUUGUUUGGAAAACAUAUUUCCUUAUAGACUUAGGUAGAGAAAUACAAAAAAGAAAAUAGUUUGUGAAGUUGUCAGUUUCUUCUUGGAAUCAAUAUGUAAUUUACUUUAGGAAGUAAAGUUCAAUGUAUUCACGUUU